UGCUCAUGUCCCGCAGAAUCAGAGACGCGAUAGAAGCCGAUUAGACGCGAUGUGUUAUCUACUCUCCUUUUGAAAGUACCCGUGGGAUCAAAGUCUUUUAUCAGUGUUUUUCUUAAGUUGGACACGUAUUUGGAUAUAUCCCUUUUGAUAAAACGCGGCCUUUCUGAGUUGUCCCAGACGAAAUAGAGGAGUUUACUCUCUUGUAUCAGCCCGUUUCAUGUGACUAGACGUCCUCCAUCUGUCCCAUCUGCACGACAGCACAGGGACGGUGGACAUCACUGGACAUUUACGGAUAGAGACUGGACGACACGCCGUGAUUUGAAUGCCUUUGCAGGGACUUUGGUGGCUUGUGUGCUGCAGACAAGGCUUCAGUUUGCUGGCUCGGGAUCAUGGAGAGAAAGAGGAGGAAGAGUCUUUCGAGUUACGCAAUCAGGAAGAACACACACACACGGGACGGGGGCAACUAGAGGUCACUCUGUCUCAGCCCACUCGCACAGCCAACGGCACACCCUGUCUGUCAGGAGUUCCUGAGGAGAAGAGAAGUCUCAUCAUGCAGAAGGGUAAGAUGACGAUGGACGAAGACCCAGAGGUGCUCGUAAAGGGCUGGCUCCUGCGAGAGGUGCAGGGAGGCUGGCUCCGGCAGAGGAGGUUCUGGUUUGUGUUAACAACCGACUCUCUUGAUUACUACAGCGGCUCGGACAGAGACGCUCGCAGACUCGGCACGCUUGUACUCACGUCCCUCUGCUCAGUGCUGUGGCCCGAUAAAUACACCUACAAACAGACAGGUUACUGGAGUCUGACAGUGUAUGGCCGCAAACAUUGCUACAGACUAUUCACAAAGCACUACAAUGAGGCGGUGCACUGGGCGUGUGCCGUGCAGAAAGUCAUCGACAGCAAAGCGCCGGUGGAGACGCCAACACAGCUCCUCAUACGAGACAUCGAGGAGAAUAAAUUCAAUCCAGAGGUUGUGGAGCACAUCUAUCAGCAUAAUCCCAUCCUGAGGUACACGCAGAGCCCCCUCUACGCCCCACUGCUGCCUUUCCCCUACGGCAGUCUCCACCACACACACAUGGCUGGUAAAGGCUACACAUCCGUCCGCGAGGAGGCGGUGAGGCUGUUUAACUGCCUCCAGCAGUUAGAGUCGGCCCACGAGCCCAUUCCUCUCAUCCAGGGAAUCCUCCAGACCUGCCUCGACCUCCGGCCGCUCCGAGAUGAACUCUACUGCCAGCUCAUCAAACAGACCAGCGUCACCAAAUCAUGUGUGCAGACGCAGCCAAACCCGCAGCUCAGAUACUGGCAGCUGCUCACCUGCAUGAGCUGCACCUUCCUGCCCAGCUGCAGCAUUCUCAAAUACCUGCGCUUUCACCUGAAGAGGGUUCAAAGUUUGAGUGCGGACUCGGAGGUGGAGAGCUACGCGUCCUUCAUAGCCCAGGCUCUAGAGAAGACGCGUGGCCGUGAGUGUGUGCCCUCUUGGGAGGAGAUCCAGGGGCUGAUGGGAAGGCAGGAGAUACUGUGUACUGUGCACUACCCUGGACCGGGCUGCUGCCAGAUACCGAUCACCUCGCACACUACGGCUAAUGAGGUUGUGAGGAAGAUGGCGGAACGCCUCGGACUGCAGGACAGCCGAAACACAUUUGCUCUUUUUGAGCAGAACACAUGCUGGGAGAAAGCUAUCGGAGGCAGCACCAUAAUUGCUGAUGUCAUCACCAGAUUUGAAAAUUUGUCAGCUAAAGAUCCAGACUCUGUCUGCCAGUGCCGACUCUGCUUCAAACUCUAUUGUCUGUUGGACACCGAUAACAUCAGUACCGACAGCAUUGAGUACCUCUUCUUCUAUGAGCAGUGUCAUGAGAUGGUAGUGCGUGGGCAGCUGCCAGCCUGUGAGGAUGACCUUCUUUCUCUGGCGGCACUGAGACUGCAGUGUCUGCUGGGAGAUUUCAGCGCCCUCUCUCCGUACCCGCCGUUGGAGCAGCUUUUUCCGGCUGAAGUGGUGGAGGCCCGGGCCCUACUUGCCUCCGUCGAUCCCCCUGGCUGCCCUUCCUUCCCCGGGGGUCUGCUGGCUGGGACAUUAUGGGGGCACAAGCGGCGUCAGGAACAGGACCAAAGACUCCGAGCCAGGCUGAGAGAGGAGGGAGCCGUGGUGAUGUCGACCAUUUUAGAGCACUGGAAAGCCCUAGUGGGAUACAGUCGAAGAGACAGCAUGGCCGCCUAUCUCACCAUCGCCCGGCAGUGGUCAGGGUUUGGCUGCACGCUCUAUGAAGUGGACUUCUACAUUAGCUCGACAGGAAGCUUCUCUCAGAAGUUGUGGCUGGGUGUGGCGGCUUCCUGCGUGUCUCUGUAUCGUCAGGGUGAAGCUGAGGCGUUGGAGUCUCUACCGAUAGGUCAGAUCUGCUCCUAUGGCGUCUCUGAUAGUAACACAUUCAGGAUCACAGCAGGAGAUCGAGACCUGCUCUUUGAGACCACAAAGCUGACUGAGAUCAUGCAGCUGAUGAAUGCUUACUUCAGUGCCACCCGUCGCCAGCUAGGCAAAGAUGACUGCAUCUCCAUAGAAACAAACCCUAAGCUCCACCCCUCCCUACUUGAGCUCCCCUCUCACCCAGUGUGAAGAGAGAAUGACUCGCUCGCUCGCGCGCGCACACACACACGCACACACUGAGACUGACUCUGACUGAUGUACACAUGCAUAUGCAGUCCUGGCUGAUUGCUUCCCUGUGAGGAGCUUUGCAAUGAGGACGAACUCUGAUGAGACUGAAAGGAGCAGAUGCUGUGGAAAUGGAAGAGGAGUGGAAGGUGUCCAGGGAGCCACAAACAGGAGAGACGGUUCAGGAACUCACUUGCUACACCGCCAGCCAAAUCCAGAA